AUGCUUUCUUUCACGGAUAUUGUAAUCGGCUCGGCCUUCCUGGCCGUUGCCCAUGGCCACGCUGCCAUUCUCGGUGCUCAGGGAGACGCCGGCUCACCUGCUAGUGUCGGGUUCCUGGUCGACCCGAACAUUGCCCGUAACUGCACGACUAUCAACCCCUGCCAGCAGGACGCCACGAUUAUCCGUGAUGCCGAGAUCAACAACAACGUCGUCAACGAGUGCGGACGCACCGAGAUUGCUGGCAACAUCGACAUUGGCGAGAACACCGAGAACGCCCUGGCAGCGAACCAGGUCACGCAGGUUAAGGCGGGCGGCACGGUCACAGUCACUAUCCACCAGGUCAACGCCGAUGGUGCUGGUCCCUUCUCAUGCGAUUUGGAUCAGACGAGCAACUCGCUCGCCGGCACCGGCCAGAUUCCUCUCGAGGUCACCAACAACGUUCCCGGCACCAACGGUUUCUCCCAGGCAAAGGCUCAGCAGUUCAACGUCACUGUCAAGAUGCCUGCUGACAUGAAGUGCACUGGAGCCUCUACCGGAAACGUCUGCACUGUCCGCUGCCGUAACAACGCCGUCGCCGGUCCCUUCGGUGGCUGCUUCCCCGUCCAGCAGACCGAUGUCACUCCUACUCAGAACACCCCCCAGAACAUCCAGACCGCCGCCAAGUUGAAGGGUGUUCUCUCGCAGGUUCAGCAGGAUAUUCAGGACUUCCCCGCCGCCGCUGCCGCCAACCAGAAAGACGGAACUCCCGAGCAGCUGGCCGCUGCUGAUGCCGCCAACAAGGUUCUGGGCGCUCCCCCCGUCACCGUCAAGGAGUUCCCCGUCGAGAACACCGGCCCCAGCCAGACCGGAGGCAACACCGCUGCUGCUCCCCCUGCCGCUGACCCCAACGCCGGCAACGCCAACGCUGGCAACGGCAACGCAAACACUGGAAACAACGGCGGUAACGCCGGCAAUGCCGGAAACGCCGGCGGCAACGGACGUGCACGCGGCAAGGGCCGGGCUGGCAAGCGUGGCAGAGCCGCCAAGCGUGAGGAGAGCGGAUCCCUUCGAUGGGCCAAGCGCUACGUCGUGCCCGGUGCCGACUUCCAGCCUGAGGUCAUGCCAUGA